UCAUUCCACUUCUUCCUUCCCAAUAUAAUUUACAGGUUUCACUUCCAAUCUUGCGUGGUUAACAUUUCAUAAUCAACAAAGGUUUCUAUCACCGAUAUCUGUCAUCACACAGGGUAAAAGUUAGAUUACAUAAAGCAAACGACGCUAUGCCGCAACGUAGAUACGCCAUCGGGAGAGCCGAUGAAGCCACACACCCAGACUCCGCUCGCGCCACCUUGUCAGAGUUCCUUUCCACCUUCGUCUUCGUCUUCGCCGCUGAAGGCUCCGUCCUAGCUCUCGAUAGGAUGUACGGUCGUGACCAUGCACUGGGAGGAGCCGGGCUGCUGCUGGUGGCGCUGGCUCAUGCUCUGUCAUUUUUCGCCGCCGUGGCCUCGAGUUUGAACGUGUCAGGUGGACACUUAAAUCCUGCGGUCACUUUCGGUACUCUGGUUGCCGGAAGGGUUUCUGUGGUUCGAGCGUUGUACUACUGGGUGGCGCAACUCCUCGGCGCCGUCGUUGCCUCAUUGUUACUUCGUCUAGCCACCGACGGCAUGAGACCGAUUGGGUUUUCAGUGGCGACUGGUGUGGGAAACUUGAAUGCGUUAUUAAUGGAGAUCAUUCUAACAUUCGGGUUGGUGUACACCGUAUUUGCGACGGCGAUAGACCAUAAGAGAGGAACGUUGGGGACGAUUGCACCACUGGCAAUAGCGUUUAUACUGGGAGCCAAUAUUCUGGUGGGAGGGCCGUUCUCGGGGGCGGCGAUGAAUCCGGCAAGGGCUUUUGGGCCUGCGUUGGUUGGGUGGCGGUGGAACAACCAUUGGGUGUACUGGCUGGGACCGUUCAUUGGGGCGGCGAUUGCAGGUUUGAUCUACGAGUUUGGGAUAAUCCAGCCGGAGGCGCCGGUGCAUACACACCACCAGCCAUUGGCUCCAGAAGAUUACUAGGAGGUGGUGAUCGUGGUUUUGGCUUCUGAGCCAUGUGUUAUGAUGCUAUAUAUUAGUGUAUAAGUAAUAAAAAAGGGGGUUGCGUUUAAUUUACUUUUGUGUAUUUUGUGGUGUUUUCCGACGUUGGUUUUAUGUGAGUUUUUUUUUUCUUUUU